CCGGCCCCAACCCCAUAAAUACCCUGUGGGCCAGCGGGAGGGCUGCACACAGGCUGGCGCACACCAUGGGUCACCUGGGGCUGGUCGUCUUGGGAUUCACCUGCUGCUGGGCAGCCGUGAGCGCAGCAAAGCUGGGCGCAGUGUACACGGAAGGAGGUUUCGUGGAAGGCGUCAACAAGAAGCUUGGCCUCUUUGGCGACUAUGUGGACAUCUUCAAGGGCAUCCCCUUCGCUGCACCCCCAAAGGCCCUGGAGAACCCCCAGCGGCACCCCGGCUGGCAAGGAACCCUGAAGGCCAAGGACUUCAAGAAGCGGUGCCUGCAGGUCACCAUCACCCAGGCCAACACCUACGGGGCAGAGGACUGCCUCUACCUCAACAUCUGGGUCCCCCAGGGCAAGAAGGAAGUCUCUCGGAACCUGCCCGUCAUGAUCUGGAUCUACGGAGGUGGCUUCCUCGUGGGGUCCGGCCAUGGGGCCAACUUUCUCAGCAACUACCUAUAUGACGGGGAGGAGAUCGCCACGCGGGGCAACGUCAUUGUGGUCACCUUCAACUACCGUGUCGGGCCCCUGGGCUUCCUCAGCACUGGCGACGCCAACCUGCCAGGUAACUUUGGCCUUCGGGAUCAGCACAUGGCCAUUGCUUGGGUGAAGAGGAACAUCGCAGCCUUCGGGGGUGACCCCGACAACAUCACUAUCUUUGGGGAAUCAGCUGGAGGUGCCAGUGUUUCUCUACAGACCCUCUCUCCCUACAACAAGGGCCUCAUCCGCCGAACCAUCAGCCAGAGUGGUGUGGCCCUAUGCCCGUGGGCCAUCCAAAGGAACCCCCUCUUCUGGGCCAAAAGGAUCGCUGAGAAGGUGGGCUGCCCCUUGGACGAUACCGCCAGGAUGGCCAGGUGUCUGAAGGUUACCGACCCCCGCGCCCUGACACUGGCCUACAAGAUGCCCCUGGCCGGCACAGAGUAUCCCAUGCUGCACUAUCUGGGCUUCCUCCCUGUCGUCGACGGAGACUUCAUCCCCGAUGACCCUGUCAACCUGUAUGCCAACACGGCCGACAUUGACUAUAUAGCGGGCACCAACAACAUGGACGGCCACAUCUUUGCCAGCAUCGACGUGCCCGCCAUCAACAAGAACAGCCAGGAGGUCACGGAAGAGGACUUCUACAAGCUGGUCAGCGGGUUCACCAUCACCAAGGGGCUUAGGGGUGCCAAUGCCACCUUUGACAUCUACACUGAGCCCUGGGCCCUCGACACAUCCCAAGAGACCAAGAAGAAGACCGUGGUGGACUUGGAGACUGACAUCCUCUUCCUGGUGCCCACCGAGAUUGCCAUGGCCCAGCACAGAGCCAAUGCCAAGAGUGCCAAAACCUACACCUACGUGUUCUCCCACCCCUCUCGGAUGCCCACCUACCCCAAAUGGGUGGGGGCUGACCAUGCAGAUGACCUCCAGUAUGUCUUUGGGAAGCCCUUCGCCAUCCCCCUAGGCUACCGGAACCAAGACAGGACGGUCUCCAAGACCAUGAUCGCCUACUGGACCAACUUUGCCAGAACUGGGGACCCCAAUAUAGGACAUUCGGCUGUGCCCACGCACUGGGAUCCCUACAGCAUAGAAAAUGGCAACUACCUGGAGAUCACCAAGAAGAUGGAUGGCAAUUCCAUGAAGCAGCACCUGAGGACCAGCUACCUCCGCUACUGGACCUUGACCUACGAGGCCCUGCCCACAGUGAGCGGAAAUGGGACCAUCCCUGCGCCCCCCUCAGGGGACUCUGAGGCCGCCCCCGCUCCCCCCUCGGGGGACUCUGAGGCCGCCCCCGCUCCCCCGUCUGGGGACUCUGAGGCCGCCGCCGCUCCCCCCUCGGGGGACUCUGAGGCCCCGCCGCUCCCCCCCUCGGGGGACUCUGAGGGAGCUCAGAUGCCUGUAGUCAUCGGCUUCUAAUGUCCUCGGCCCUAAGAAGCCAUAGGGUGAGACACCGGAGGGCCCACCUCCCCUCCAGAGCUCCUCCCGAAUAAAAGCUUCAUCUG